UUUCUUUCUGAAAUUUUAUCUCGAAAUAACUUUGUUUUCUGACUAGCUGUUUAUCUGACUCUUUCAAUCGCUUAUUAUCUUAACUUGUAAAUAAUCAAACAUAACGUGACCAAAAAGCUAACUAAAUAACAAAGCUAAGUAUUAAUGGUCAAUUCAUUAAAUAUUGUAUAUUGUGAGAAUCUGAAUAAAAUAUAAUGACAACUGCUUCAGAAAAUGAAAAAAAUAUUAAGGAAGAAGCUUUCAAACUUUGCAAAGAUUUUCUUGGUACACCAUGGAAUGAAAUUUCUUUGGCUGAUUUCAACAUAUCAUCUGUAAGGGGUGGUAUAUCAAAUGCACUUUACUGCUGCUCUCUUCCAAGUCACGUGGUAGUUAAAAAUCCUGGCACACCUAGACGAGUGCUGUUAAGAUUCUUUGGUCCAGUACAAGAUGAAGAACAUACAAAAGUCACUGAAACAACCACUUUUGUGCUCUUAUCGGAAAGAAAACUGGGACCCAAAUUGUACGGAGCGUUUUCAAAUGGAAGGCUAGAAGAAUAUAUCCCGGCCAAACACUUGUCAACAGAUGAUGUCAGGAGAUUGUCUACAUCAGUAGCUAAAGCUAUGGCUAAGAUUCAUGCUUUGGACUUACCACUCAGAAAAGCACCAGAUUCAUGGUUAAAGCAUAUGAAAAAGUGGCUUGAAGACAUGGAAAACUGUGGAACCAAUAGAUCAGAUGAUAAUUGCCUACUUGGAAACAUGUUCAGAAAUGAAAUGGAUUUCUUAAAAAAAGAAAUGGAAAAUUAUGAUUCUCCGUCAGUUUUCUGCCACAAUGACUUGAUUGGAGGGAACAUUUUGCUACCAGAAGAUUUUGUGAAUGAGUUAAAUCCUAAAGUAAUUCUCAUCGAUUUCGAAUUUGGUGGUUACAAUUUUAGGGCUUUUGACAUUGCAAACCAUUUUUGUGAGUGGGUAUAUGAUUAUGAUGUUACCGAACCACCUUAUUUCAAAAUAGAUAACAGCAAAUAUCCAACAGAAGAAGAAAAAAUAAAGUUUAUCCGGUCUUAUCUGAAUCAGCUGGUCUUGGAAGAUAUUCUUAAAUCCUCAGUAGUCGACUAUGAAACCGAUAAAAUUCUGGACGAAGUCAAAUUCUUUAGCAUGGUCACGAGACUCUACUGGGCUUUGUGGAGCGAAAAAAACAAAUAUGAUGCCAACAUUGGCGUAUUUCACAAAGAAAAUUCCAAAGCAAGACUAAAACAAUACUGGAAAUUUAAGGAGCAGUAUUUGGAAGAAAAAUCCUCAGAAUUAAGUAAAGAUAACAGCAACUUUGUAUCUAAUAUCAAUGAAAGUACAGUUUCAGAUCGACAUUAGAAUAGAUUAAGUUUAUGGUUGUAAGAGUGAAAUAUGAAAAGGUCACAUUCUUUAAAUAAUUGGCAAUUACCAUUGCACACGUGAGCCAGACAAUGCAUUUGAUUAUGAAUUGACUAAUAGAUGUUUAUUCAAUGUAAAAAUAAAGCUUCAAUCGAUCGCA